UUCAUUACCAGCUUUGCGGCAAAGAAGACCUCGCUUUCAACGACAACUUACCGCAGAUACACUACCCAAAAACAAAAAAAAGGUGACCUCUUAUGGUGGAAGAAGUUUUUAUUUUUUUCAAAUGAGCCCAUCGUUUGUUCGCCGGUAUGGUCAACGGCUGUUGUUUUUUGUUACUACACUGUACCUAGUGGUGGUUGGCGGUCUUAGUGAAGUGGGCUCCGCAGCACGCAACGAUAACGCCACCGAUACGCUGCUGUACGAUGGCCGGCUCCAGUGGAACGAUUAUCGCUAUUUGGAGGGACUGCCGCUGGAACAAUUACUACUGCUGCAGCGCAAAGUGAGCGAGCUGGGCAACAGUUUGCUCUUCAACACUACUAAUGAGCCGGAGGCAGAAACGCGCCAAAUGCCCGACGGCGACGGUGACAAAAACGAUCGGCGAAAUGUGUUUGCACUGCCGCUACAGAUGCAAACCACGGCGGACAGGAGGUCCUCCUCCGUGGAGCCGUGGAACACGAAACCGUCCAAGGUUCAAACCAUAUUUCAAAUCAGUAUUACCGGGCUAGCAUUUCUAGCGUUUGCCGGAUACCUGCUGUGCAUGAUCGUACAGGCCAUCAAAAGCAAAGGAACGACCUACUACCAUCCCACGAUCACCGGUUCGGCCACGCUCGCGUCGGCGAUCAAAAAGCGAAAACCGUUCAUGCGCCGCAAGCGUGAUCUGACCUACAUCUCGCCCCUGGAUGCGUACGAUGCGGCGCAAUUGCACCAGAUGCUCGUUACCUUCGCCGAGGCGUACGCAAACGCCCCCGGAAGCUGAAGCGCAUCCGCGUCGAGCCAGAACCCAACAUAUUCCGGGGCGCCAGCAGCACUUCGUUCUACAAACAAGCAAAAAAACAUAAACACUCACCUGGUAUGGUCGUACAUUUGGUUUGGUGGCACUCGUGGAAUUCGUCCAACAUUUUUCACCCCAUACAUGGCGUACUGAUCAUCCGCGAUCGAGAUAUCCCUGCGAGUGUAUGGAUCGAAAUGGUUUUUUAUUUCGAAAUAAAUAUAAAAUGCAACGUUUUUUGCAAAUGCA